UUGACUUUUGUUAUUGUUUUGGCAAAAUUCUGACAGGACACGACAGCGGUUACAGCUGAUCAAGGGCGAGACCAAUUACCUUUUUUCAGGUUUUUAAAAUUUCCUCUUUGGGACUUUGGAGACAGUCCCUCAUUCUCUUUUCUAUAAUUGUUGAAGAGGACAGCAGCGACUAUGGAUGAUGCACCGGUGAUUUACGGUUUAGAAGAUUUCCAGGCCCGAGCUUUAGCAGCACAUACAGCAGAAACAGAGAAAAUAAAUUUUCUUGUUGGAACUCAGUCUCUUAGAAGAACAAAUCAGGUUCAGUUGAUUGAGUUUGAUGAUGACACAAGUCUGGUCACAAAGCAGACUUUUGAACAUCCUGCUGGGGAAGUCUGGCGGAUUUGUGCAGCACCACAGAGUGUCAAUCUUAUUGCAACAGUGUAUAACAAUACACAAGAUUAUUGCGGAGAGUUUGGUGCUGCCAUUUGGAGACUCCCACUCGAAGGCUCAACCUCUGGUGUCCUUGAUGAUACAAGGUACAAUCAUAGACUAAAUUUAUGCAACCAGUGGCAGAUCCAUACCCACCAAUUCUACAAAGGGCAUGAACCAGAGCCCACUCAGUUUAUAACGCUUUCACCAAGGAGAGUCUUAGAGGUGCCAAUCCAGGGCCAGAUUAAGGCAUACUGA